AUGCCAGCCGAUAGAACGGAAGCUGAUACCGAUGUCGGAGAGCCGACGAACGGCCAUCUUGUCGACGGAUCCGAGCCAGACUACACCGCCAACGGAACCACGAACGGGGAAGAAGCCAAAGAGGCGACGACGAGUGGAUCUUCGGCCCCUUGGCUCCUUCCCUGUUCGUGGGGAAAGGCAACCAAAGAGGCGGCGGUUGGCGGAAGCGAAGGGGAUUCGAAUGCACGUGAGGAGCCAAUGGAUGAGCUGAAGGACAAGGUCGCAAUGGACGCUGCUCAUGAUGGUCCUGCAUUUGAAGAGGCGGAGAUUGAGACCCCUGUCGACGAGCCAGGAGCCUCCACAGACGGUGGGAAGGGCGAGUAUUUUGUGCCCGAGUCCGACAGCGUCAAUGCCACUCACUGA